GUACAUUCACCUACUCACCGUUGCAUAUAUAAAGAGACGAUUCACUUUCACUCUCAUUUAGUUGCCUCCUAAAGGUUUUUGCUUGCGUUAAGAAAAUAUUAUCGUAUUUCACGUGUAAGAUAACAUAUUGACCAAAUUUUAACUAAUUACAUUUAACUCAAGGGAAAAAGAAAAAUUCAAUUAAAAAUCAUGAAAAUUUGUAUUAUCAUCUGUUGUAUCAUCGUAAGCGUUUUAUCCAAAGAUGAAGCAUGGAUUUGGAAUGAUAAAAAAAAUCUACAAAGAAGUAGAAGUGAGGAUUUUGGUAAUCCAAGAUAUGAAAUACAUGAGAAUACCGAUGAUUACGAGAACUUCGAUACUGGUGGCCCAUUCGUGGGAUUUAGGCCACAGCAUAUAGGAUCUAGACCACAACAGUAUCCAAACUCCUAUGGUCAUGGAAAUAGGCCGUUUGUGACGACUUAUCCGAAUAAUAACGGGGUCUUAGUAGGACCUGGUGGACCGACAGGAAUUAUUGGAAGGCCACAUGCACCGAGCGGCGGAUCGAUCAUCGAUUACGACGAUAAUUUAGAUUCUGGACACGUACCCUUCCCAAAUCCAAAAGGUUCACGUUAUCGCGAAUACGAUAUUUGCAAAUGCAGAUACAGUUUUAAUUGUCCAUCAGUUGGAUUAAAAUUCGGUAAUUGUGCAAAUGGAAAAAGAUAUUGUUGUUUCAAUAGUAAAAGUUAUCCGAGUUUAGUGUCAAUUGAUCCACGUGACAGAAAUUGAAAUUCAUUCGAUUUAUAAACGAUUACGUUACUAUCAAAUAGUAUUAGUUGGAAUAUUCUUCAAAUUGUCACGUCGAAAGGAUUUUGAUGUUAACUUUUAUUUCUAUUGGAUUAUAAUUCGACGUGUUAUGAUAAUUGAAUAGAAAAUGAUAUCUCAUUUUGUUUUCUAUUCACGUGUGUGUGUCUACUUACUUUACAAAGACAAUAAUAAUAAAAAUUAAGUGAAAUUAGAUCUAAGAUAAAUUUGUA